GUGAUAAGUCAGGCAUAUUGUCCUAUUUCUAGAAGUAAAUAAACCAAUAUAUUGUGAUCAUAUUCCAAAUCAAGUAAAAUGGUGAGAGAAAUUCAUUCGAGCUCAUAUCAUCAAUCAUGUGAAUGGAUGCCUAAAAAUCAAGCAUACUAUAAAUGGAAGUUGAUUGGUUUACUUCACCUCAUUUAUGCCUCAUUGUGCUUUUCAGUAAAUACUGUUCUCAUGGAAACUCCCUCAAAAUCUUCUAUGUGGGCAAAAUCCGAAAAAUACAUAAACCUAUUGGCUUUAAUAAAACCUGUACAGAAUAACUUAUACUUCACACAAGCCAAUAUCUCUAAGUUAGACUGUGAUCAAUCUGAAGAUUUUAAUAUACAAAAUUCAAGUUCAUUUAAAGCUGUACAAAUGAAUUUCAAUAGUCAAUAUAAUUCAUCUUUGUAUGAUACUCCACUAUUACCAAUUAGUUUUAUAAUUGAAAUGAUACCCUAUCCAAAACUCAAUUCUGGACGAUCAUUUAUCUUUAGUCGUUUAGAUAAUUAUAAUCGUAUACGUAUAGCUAUAGGAUUAAAUCAAUGGGGUAAAAUUGGAGAAUGUAUGGAAUUAUGGAUACAUCAUGAAUUAUUUUAUAGUAUUGAACCAACUCCAAGAAUUUCAACAUACUAUACUGGAUCAGGUUUAGUCAAUCAUGCUGGUCUUGUAGUUGUACCUUUACCAAGUUAUCGAUUUAAAAAUAAUACAAAAGUGAUUACUUUAAUUAUUGAAAUUACAGAAAACAGUGUUAAAGUGUUUAACAAGUGCUAUUCAUUCAGUAAGCCAUUGUAUAAAAUGUAUUAUCGACAAGACAUGAAAUAUCAUCAUUUACAUGGAGAUACAUUUGAGAAUAAAUCAGAACAAUCAUCGAAAAUGGACAAAUUCUAUAUUCUGUCUGGAGGACCUUCUCACGGCGAUGAAUUCAUGGGGUUAAUGAAACAGUUGAAAAUGUUUUCAACGGAAUAUGGUGCCAGAAAAUACUGUUCAGACAAAAGAAAGUUUAAGCUAUACAUGGAAGAAGUAAAUUCAUUUGAUCAAUCAAAUAAAACAGUUGAUUUGAAUGCAAACAAAGAAAAUGAUUUCAAGGUUAGCAAUGCAUCUUAUACUAUUGCACAAAGAAAUAAAACACAAUCAGCAAUUAACUCAUUUACUGAAAUGAACCAAAAUGGAACAAAUUCUUCUAAAACAUACAAAUGCAAUAAAUCAGGUUAUCAAAAAAACUGUUCUCAACUGCAUCUCAAUGAAUAUCAGCAGAAAGUAAGUGUUAGAAUAUAUCAAAACACAAAUAAAAAAAUGUAA